ACUGAUCGUAUAAUAUCAUCGAACCUGCGAGCAUUACGUGAAUUUGAGUGACUGGGUGUUUAUAAUGUGGCAAGAUAUUCCCAAGGCCAACAUUUUUGUGAAUUCAUAUGGUGCGACAGCAAAAUAUUAAAGUGAUGGUCAACUCUUGGCGUGUUAAAUUCCGGCGGAAACUUCCAGAGCAAGAAUAUCCACUGAAAUUUGGAGUUAACUUUAAAACUGCUUGUGCGCUACGAAUUGCAAAUGGAUUGAGCAAAACUUUGGGCAAAAAAGUGAUAAUCAGUAAAUCACUUUUGUCACGGUUACAGACUAGACACCCUAAUACAGGUAAUACUCAAUUGGCCAAAGAAGACAGUCAAAGUAAUAACACCUUCGAACAUAAAUCUCACACAGAUAAAGAACACAACAGUCCCGAAAUUGGAAAGGCAAGUUCGAGUGAACAUGCCCGUGUCUCGUCGCAGAAAGUUAAUACAGAUGGAAGUCAUUUGGCCAAAGAAAAUGAUGCAGGUAAAAACAUCACACAACAGAAACUCAAUACAGAUAACGAAUCUUCUGCACCAGAAUCCAUCGAGGCUAGACCAAAUAAACGUUCUUGUACCCCACCACAAGAAUCUAAUUCAGAUGACGAUUGCUUCGCCAAAAAAGAUUGUAAAGGUAAGAAGACCGGGGAACAGAAACUCGAUACAGAAACCAAAACUUCUGGCUCACUAUGUUUGACGGCUAGUCUAAGAAAACACUCUCGUACUAUGCCACAAAAGUCUAAUCUAGGUGGCCGUCGACUGACUAAAGAAGAAAGUAAGUGUCAGAAAGCUUUGAACCAGAAACUUGAUAUGGAUUCCAAAUCUGCUGAUUCUCCAUUUAUCGCGGGUUCCAAAAGUUUACUUUUGCGUGCAUUACAAAAGACAUCCAAUGCUGAGGACAAAGACUUGGACAAAGAAGAUAGUGAAUGGGAGAAUUUUAUCUCACAACACAGAUUUAAGCCAGCUGGUACGCUGCCUGAUCCAGACUCUAUUAUGGACAGUCAGAGUGAACUUAAAUGUAUAAUAUGUGACAGAGAGUUCAGGUGCAAAAUGGAACUUUCUAGGCACAUCAAAAGCCACAAUACUCGAAGACCUUUUAAAUGUGCGCACUGUCCAAAAACCUUCAGAACUGCGUACGAUCAGCGUAAGCAUGCCGGUUGUCAUGACGAAAAUCUUUCAUACACUUGUGAUAUAUGCAAAGUUAAAUUUAAGUCAAAACAAGCAUUGAAGCAUCAUCGUAUCAGGAAACAUGACGACACCGAAUAUCAAUUCACAUGCGAUAAGUGCAGCAAACAGUUCAAAAUAAAGAGCGAUCUUUCAACUCAUUUGAAAUCUCUCCAUACUGAGGCACCUUCACUGGUGUGCGAAAUUUGUGGUAAAUCAUGCAAGAAUGGAACGGCGAUGAGCUCUCACAGACGAAAACAUCGGACAGACUUUAAAAAAUUUGAAUGUAACAUUUGCAAACGUAUAUACAAAUCUGAACAUAAUCUAAGCAACCAUUUGCUGGUGCACGAAAAAGGAAUCACAUGCAACGAAUGCGGCAUGGAAUUCAACUGCACAAAGAGGCUAAACUAUCACAUGUUCAACAAACACAGACAAUCGGCACCUUGUAUAUGCUCCAUAUGUCAUAAACCAUUCAAGAGUAACGGCAGCUUACGCACGCAUAUCCUUACUCACACGGGAGAGAGACCGUACAAGUGUGAUUUAUGUGGAGAAGCCUUUACCCAAAGAUCCAGCAUGAUGCGACACAGGCGUAGUCAUCCUGGAAGGUUUUCGCCUCCCCCACCUAUUCACAUCACCGCAAUAGUUAAGGAUAUUGAAGAGAAGGAGAUCUCAAAAAAUUAGGAUACAAUCACAGAACAACUAAUCACAUUGAUACCAUGAUAUGCGCAGCUACACAUUGAGGACUGUCUACAAUCAAAUUUGGUCAGAUUAUGUGAACAUGUAUUAAAAAUAAGGUAGAAGAUUUUUAAGAGCUUUCACAUGUUUUGAGGAAAAUUAACUGCUAUAUGUGACAUUUAUAUUACAAAAUAUUUAUGGUGGUACAACCAUGAAAAGAUAUGAAAAAUAUAUUCACUGUUGUUUCAAUUUGCGAAAUGUGAAAAUAAUAUAUGCCGCGUGGCAGUAAGGGGCACUUGGAUAUAAUUUUGUGACACAGUUGAUAUUUUUAGAAUAAACUUCUUUAAUGGAA